AUGUCUUUCUUUCUUUUGCCUUUCUUCUCUUUCCCCAGUGUCUUUCUUUUUCUUUGCCUUUUCUUUCUUUCUUUUUCCCCAAUGUCUUUCUUUCUUUGCCUUUUCAUUUCUCCUUUCCCCAAUGUCUUUCUUUUCUUUGCCUUUCUUUCUUUCUUUCCCCAAUGUCUUUCUUUCAUUGCCUUUUUUUCUCUUUUCCCCAAUGUCUUUCUUUUUUUGCCUUUUCUUUUCUCGCUUUCCCCAAUGUCUUUCUUUCAUUGCCUUUUUCUUUCUCACUUUCCCCAAUGUCUUUCUUUUUUUGCCUUUCUUUCUCGCUUUCCCCAAUGUCUUUCUUUCAUUGCCUUUCUUUCUCCUUUUCCCCAAUGUCUUUCUUUCUUUUGCCUUUCUUUCUCUCCUUUUUCCCAAUGUCUUUCUUUCAUUGCCUUUCUUUCUCGUUUCCCCAAUGUCUUUCUUUCUUUGCCUUUCUUUCUCCUUUUCCCAAUGUCUUUCUUUCUUUGCCUUUCUUUCUCCUUUCCCCAAUGUCUUUCUUUCUUUGCCUUUCUUUCUUUCUUUCCCCAAUGUCUUUCUUUUCCUUUUCUUUCUCCUUUCCCCAAUGUCUUUCUUUCUUUGCCAAUCUUUCUCUUUCCCCAAUGUCUUUCUUUUUUGCUUUUCUUUCUUUUCCCCAAUGUCUUUCUUUCUUUGCCUUUCUUUCUCCUUUUCCCCAAUGUCUUUCUUUCUUUUGCCUUUCUUUUCUUUCGCUUUCCCCAAUGUCUUUCUUUUUUGCCUUUCUUUCUCCUUUUCCCAAUGUCUUUCUUUUUUUUGCCUUUCUUUCUCCUUUCCUUUCUUUCUUUCUUUUUUGCCUUUCUUUUCUCGCUUUCCCCAAUGUCUUUCUUUUUUUGCCUUUCUUUCUCCUUUCCCCAAUGUCUUUCUUUCUUUGCCUUUCUUUCUCUUUCCCCAAUGUCUUUCCCCUUUCUUUCUCGCUUUCCCAAUGUCUUUCUUUCUUUGCCUUUCUUUCUCACUUUCCCCAAUGUCUUUCUUUCUUUUUGCCUUUCUUUCUCCUUUCCCCAAUGUCUUUCUUUUUUUGCCUUUCUUUCUCGCUUUCCCCAAUGUCUUUCUUUCUUUGCCUUUCUUUCUCCUUUCCCCAAUGUCUUUUCUUUCUUUUGCCUUUCUUUCUUUUUCCCCAAUGUCUUUCUUUGUUUGCCUUUCUUUCUCCUUUUCCCAAUGUCUUUCUUUGUUUGCCUUUCUUUCUCGCUUUCCCAAUGUCUUUCUUUCUUUUGCCUUUCUUUCUUUUUUCCCCAAUGUCUUUCUUUGUUUGCCUUUCUUUCUCCUUUCCCCAAUGUCUUUCUUUUUUGUUUGCCUUUUUUCUUUCUCGCUUUCCCCAAUGUCUUUCUUUUCUUUGCCUUUCUUUCUCCUUUCCCCAAUGUCUUUCUUUGUUUGCCUUUCUUUUCUCCUUUCCCCAAUGUCUUUCUUUCUUUGCCUUUCUUUCUCUCUUUCCCCAAUGUCUUUCUUUGUUUGCCUUUCUUUCUCCCUUUCCCCAAUGUCUUUCUUUCUUUGCCUUUCUUUCUCUCUUUCCCCAAUGUCUUUCUUUCUUUGCCUUUCUUUCUCCUUUCCCCAAUGUCUUUCUUUCUUUUUUCUUUCUCGCUUUCCUUUUCUUUCUUUCUUUCCCCAAUGUCUUUCUUUCUUUUGCCUUUCUUUCUCCGCUUUCCCCAAUGUCUUUCUUUCAUUGCCUUUCUUUCUCCUUUCCCCAAUGUCUUUCUUUCUUUGCCUUUCUUUGGUCUUUCUUUCUUUUUUUUCCCCAAUGUCUUUCUUUCUUUGCCUUUCUUUCUCUCUUUUCCCAAUGUCUUUCUUUCUUUUGCCUUUUCUUUCUCUUUUUCCCCAAUGUCUUUCUUUUUUGCCUUUCUUUCUCGCUUUCCCCAAUGUCUUUCUUUUUUGCCUUUCUUUCUCCUUUCCCCAAUGUCUUUCUUUCCUUUCUUUCUCCUUUCCCAAUGUCUUUCUUUCUUUGCCUUUCUUUCUUGUUUUCCCCAAUGUCUUUCUUUGUUUGCCUUUCUUUCUCGCUUUCCCCAAUGUCUUUCUUUCUUUGCCUUUCUUUCUCGCUUUCCCCAAUGUCUUUCUUUCUUUGCCUUUCUUUCUCGCUUUCCCCAAUGUCUUUCUUUCUUUGCCUUUCUUUCUCGCUUUCCCCAAUGUCUUUCUUUCUUUGCCUUUCUUUCUCGCUUUCCCCAAUGUCUUUCUUUGUUUGCCUUUCUUUCUCGCUUUCCCCAAUGUCUUUCUUUCUUUGCCUUUCUUUCUCCUUUCCCCAAUGUCUUUCUUUUUCUUUGCCUUUCUUUCUCGCUUUCCCCAAUGUCUUUCUUUCUUUGCCUUUUCUUUCUCCUUUCCCCAAUGUCUUUCUUUUUCUUUGCCUUUUUUCUUUCUUUUUUCCCCAAUUGUCUUUCUUUCAUUGAUUUUCUUUCUUUCCUCUUUCCCCAAUGUCUUUCUUUCUUUUUUCUUUCUUUUCCCCAAUGUUUUCUUUCCCCAGUGUUCUCUUUCCCCAAUGUCUUUCUUUCUUUUUCUUUCUUUCUCGCUUUUCCAAUGUCUUUCUUUCUUUGCCUUUUCUUUUCUCCUUUCCCCAAUGUCUUUCUUUCUUUUGCCUUUCAUUCUUUCUUUCCCAAUUUCUUUCUUUCUUUCUUUGCCUUUCUUUCUCCCUUUCCCCAAUGUCUUUCUUUCUUUGCCUUUCUUUCUCGCUUUCCCCAAUGUCUUUCUUUCUUUGGCUUUCUUUCUCCUUUUCCCCAGUGUCUUUCUUUCAUUUUUUCUUUCUCCUUUCCCCAAUGUCUUUCUUUCUUUGCUUUUCUUUCUCCUUUCCCAAUGUCUUUCUUUCUUUGCCUUUCUUUCUCGCUUUCUCCAAUGUCUUUCUUUUCAUUGAUUUUCUUUCUCCUUUUCCCAAUGUCUUUCUUUGUUUGCCUUUCAUUCUCUUUUCUUUUGCUUUCCCCAAUGUCUUUAUUUCUUUGCCUUUCUUUCUCCUUUCCCCAAUGUCUUUCUUUCUUUGCCUUUCUUUUUUUCGUCUUUCCCCAAUGUCUUUCUUCCUUUGCCUUUCUUUUCUUUCUCGCUUUCCCCAAUGUCUUUCUUUCUUUUGCCUUUCUUUCUUUUCUCCUUUCCCAAUGUCUUUCUUUUUCUUUCUUUUUUGCCUUUCUUUCUCCUUUCCCCAAUGUCUUUCUUUCUUUGCCUUUCUUUCUCCUUUCCCCAAUGUCUUUCUUUCUUUGCCUUCCUUUCUCGCUUUCCCCAAUGUCUUCCUUUCUUUGCCGUUCUUUUCUCCUUUCCCCAAUGUCUUUCUUUGUUUGCCUUUCUUUCUCCUUUCCCCAAUGUCUUUCUUUGCUUUUCCUUUCUUUCUCCUUUCCCCAAUGUCUUUCUUUCUUUGCCUUUCUUUCUCCUUUCCCCAAUGUCUUUUUUCUUUGCCUUCCUUUCUCGUUUUCCCCAAUGUCUUUCUUUCAUUGUCUUUUUUCUUUCUCGCUUUCCCCAAUGUCUUUCUUUUUUCUUUGCCUUUCUUUCUCGCUUUCCCCAAUGUCUUUCUUUCUUUUGCCUUUUCUUUCUCGCUUUCCCAGUGUCUUUCUUUCAUUGAUUUUCUUUCUCCUUUCCCCAAUGUCUUUCUUUUCUUUGCCUUUCAUUCUCCUUUCCCCAAUGUCUUUCUUUGUUUGCCUUUCUUUCUUUUCCCCAGUGUCUUUCCCCAAUGUCUUUCUUUUUUUGCCUUUCUUUCUCCUUUCCCCAAUGUCUUUCUUUUCAUUGAUUUUUUCUCUUUCUUUCCCCAAUGUCUUUCUUUGUUUGCCUUUCUUUUCUCCUUUCCCCAAUGUCUUUCUUUUUUGUUUGCCUUUCUUUCUCCUUUCCCCAAUGUCUUUCUUUUUUUUGCCUUUCUUUCUCCUUUCCCAAUGUCUUUCUUUCUUUGCCUUUCUUUCUCGCUUUCCCCAAUGUCUUUCUUUCUUUGCCUUUCUUUCUCGCUUUCCCCAAUGUCUUUCUAUCAUUGCCUUUCUUUCUCGCUUUCCCCAAUGUCUUUCUUUCUUUGCCUUUCUUUCUCGUUUUCCCCAAUGUCUUUCUAUCAUUGCCUUUCUUCUCCUUUCCCCAAUGUCUUUCUUUCUUUUGCCUUUCUUUCUCCUUUUCCCAAUGUCUUUCUUUCUUUGCCUUUCUUUCUCGCUUUCCCCAAUGUCUUUCUUUCAUUGCCUUUAUUUCUCGCUUUCCCCAAUGUCUUUCUUUCUUUGCCUUUCUUUCUCGUUUUCCCCAAUGUCUUUCUAUCAUUGCCUUUCUUUCUCGCUUUCCCCAAUGUCUUUCUUUCUUUGCCUUUCUUUCUCGCUUUCCCCAAUGUCUUUCUUUCUUUGCCUUUCUUUCUCGCUUUCCCCAAUGUCUUUCUUUCUUUGCUGUUCUUUCUUGGUUUCCACAAUAUCUUUCUUUCUUUGCCUUUCUUUCUCGCUUUCCCGAAUGUCUUUCUUUCUUUGCCUUUCUUUCUCGCUUUCUCCAAUGUCUUUCUUUCAUUGA